AAGGAACCAGCGGUGAGUGACAAGGAGACCUACCGAACGUUCGCCCGUACCGUCCCGACGACGGAGAAGGUGUCCGAGUCCGUGUUAGCACUUCUCAAGCAGUUUAACUGGAACGUGGUGAGCGUGGUGGCGGCUAAAGAUCUCCAGUUUUCGCGGGUUAUGACCAGACUGGAGAAGUUCCUGCCACUGCACGGUAUCAAGGUACAGCACGCCUUCUCCUAUGAGAAUCCGUACUACCCCAUCCCUCCAAUCAAGGACAACCGCCUCAAAGACAUCAUCGAGCAAUCCUACACCAACACACGAAUUUACGUCUUCAUACCCGCGGAGCCGUACGAGUUACACGCUUUCCUUGAGGACCUCGAUGAAAAGGGACUUCUUGACGAUGGAGAUUACAUCGUCGUCGCCAUCUUCUUCAAGAUCUUCGACGAGUCUAACCGAGAUGGACUUAUAAAGGGUGUCUACUACCCGGCUGAAGGUCCCGAUGGUAUCUCCCAACGCAUCAGGUACAUGCAUAACGUCCUCAUGCUCUUCUACACGAGUGCCAUGAGUCCUGACUUCAAUGGAUUCAAGAUCGAAGCAAAGGCCUAUCUCUCAGAGCCGCCCUUCAACUUCGACUCUGGUCUCCUUGAGGAAUUAGGAUAUCCCAUUGAGAUCACAGAGGAUGCUGCUUAUCUUUACGAUGCCGUGAUGCUGUACGCUAAAGCUCUCAACCAAACACUGAGCGAGGGAGGGAGCAUCACGAACGGGACCGAUAUUAUCUCAAACAUCCUAGACAAAACAUAUCAGAGUAUUACUGGGGUAAAUCGCAUCAUCGACAAAGAUGGCGAUACCAUUGCCAACGUGAGCGUCUUCUCAAUCCAGAGAAACAGUUCGUCCGACAUCGACUACGUCAUCGAUCCCGUCGCCAUCUUCCAGGAACGCAACGGUACCACGGUGUAUGCUGCUCAUAAAGGUGUAGACAUUCAAUGGCUAGGCGGUAGCCCUCCCAGGGCCCAACCUGUAUGCGGCUUCGAUGGAAGCCUUUGCAAGACCAACUAUACAAUUCAUAUCGUAGCUGGCGUGAUUGCUGGAAUUAUUAUGCUCACUGCAAUCAUAGCUACUAUAGUGUACAGAAAUUGGCGCUACGAGCAAGCAUUGGCAAGCUUACUUUGGAAGAUAGAUUACAAUGAGUUGGAAUUCAAGAGCAUAUGUCACGGCAGUCGGUUAAGUAUUGCGACGCAUGAUUCAAGAGUGUCUAUGUACGCAGACCCGUUGUCAGGGCGGGGUCAGGUUUUCACCCGGGUGGGGCGGUACAACCACACCCUCGUCGCCAUCAAACCCGUCCACAAGAAGCACAUUGAGAUGAGCCGUUGUCUUCGAAAGGAACUCAAAGUGAUGCGAGACAUGUGUCACCCGAAUCUGUGUCAGUUCAUCGGUGCCUGCCCUGACCCGCCUAAUAUCUGCAUCCUCACGGAGUACUGUACACGAGGCAGUCUGCAGGAUAUUCUGGAGAAUGACGACAUCAAGUUGGAUGAAAUGUUCAUUGCAUCGUUAGUGUCGGAUAUUGUCAAGGGAAUGAGGCAUCUACACAGCACAGAGAUCCGUACCCAUGGAAACCUUAAGUCCAGUAAUUGCGUGGUGGAUAGCAGAUGGGUCCUGAAAAUCACCGACUUUGGUUUGGUUCACUUUAAAGUCGGGCAACAGCCCCCAGACAUGGGAGAACAUGCAUAUUACCAAGAUUUACUGUGGAAGGCCCCCGAGGUAUGGGAGCCACAAGGGACGCAGAAAGGUGAUGUCUACUCCUUUGGGAUCAUUCUCUAUGAGAUAGCCCAUAGACAGGGGCCCUUCGGGAACUGCGAGCUCAGCCCAAAAGAAAUCUACGAGAAGGUGAAAACCCUGGGAGAAACGAUUCCCUUACGACCCAAUGUGAUGGAGAUAGAGAACGGUCACGAAUGUCUCCUGACCGUCAUGCAGGAGUGUUGGGUAGAGGAUCCCGAGGCCAGACCAGACUUUAAGACGAUUGCAAACAAACUCAAGCCUCUUCAUAAAGGAAUGAAAUCGGACAUCCUAGAUAACAUGGUGAUGAUUAUGGAGAAGUAUGCCAACAACUUAGAGGAGAUCGUCGAAGACAGAACCCAGCAGCUAGUAGAGGAAAAGAAGAAGACGGAAAAUCUAUUACAUAGAAUGUUGCCAAAACCAGUAGCAAAUCAGCUGAAGCGUGGGAUGCAGGUUGUGCCCGAGUCGUUCGACUGCGUCACUAUCUUCUUCAGCGACAUCGUCGGCUUCACAAAGCUGUCAUCGAUGAGCACGCCUUUCCAGGUGGUUGAUCUCCUCAACGACCUCUACACUCUAUUCGAUGACAUCAUCAGUUACUACAACGUUUACAAAGUCGAGACCAUCGGCGAUGCCUACAUGCUUGUCUCGGGGCUGCCCAUUCGAAACGAUAAUCGACACGCGGCCGAGAUCGGCUCGACGGCACUCCAUCUCAUCGACGAAGUGCAGAAGUUCAAAAUCCGACAUCGCCCCGACGACACGCUCAAGUUGAGAGUGGGCAUUCAUUCCGGCCCGGUGGUGACUGGUGUGGUAGGUCUAACAAUGCCUCGGUACUGCUUGUUUGGUGAUACCGUCAACACAUCAUCCAGAAUGGAAUCGAAUGGAGAAGCCUUGAAAAUCCACUGCAGCGCCGAGUGCAAAGCUAUUUUAGACGAGGUCGGAGGUUAUGACGUACCAGAGAGAGGCAUAGUCGCCAUGAAAGGAAAAGGAUCACUUCUAACAUACUGGCUUGUGGAUCAGGAUCCUUCUUACAAGCGAUUCAAGCCAAGGAGUGAAGACGUAGAGGAAGCUGUCGAGGAUACGGAUAGUCUGAGCGAAAAGCAUAAGAUGAAGAAGAGUCCAGGGAAAAGCUACUUGCGGACGCCUCUAGGGUCAACCUAUAUGGCGCCCUCUACGUCCACACCUAAUACCGGCAUGAAAUCCUCGCGUAGCGUACAGGACAUCAGCAGCUCGAACUUGAGGGAAGAUGCUCAGUUGAGGAGAGACUCGGAUGUGGUAACGCGGAGACGCAACAGCGAUAUCUCGAGGACCGAACUACCUAAAAACGGCAAGAACGGAUAUACCCUGCUCCCCAUGGAUUGUGAUGAUUCACUGCCGUGCUCCAAGAGUGAAGAGGUAGAGAUCAGGACAACGGACUUCGGGGAUGGCAGUGGCGAUUGCUCCAGUCAGGCGCGCAGUGUUUCUGCUUGUUCGCUGAAUAGGUGUGAGGUAGUUGGGGAAGAGGCAACGAUGAACGGCGCUGUCUCGCAACGCUCAAGGAACAAUUCCCAAGGAAGCAAGACCAAGACCAAAAAGAACAGCACAACGGAUUCAGGCAUCGGGAGCAACGGGAACAGCUCGCGGGACUGCAACAUGCAUAAUGAAAUUUUCCUUUGAGAUUCGGCGCGGCUGUUUCUAUUUAUUGUCAUGGUGCCUAUAAUUCUAAACAUGAGGACAACUGAGAACGUUGACGGAUAUACCAAUGAACCCUAUGAAGUAUACGGGCACAGACUUCAAUACAGACUGCGGCUAGGACAAAAAAAAACAAUCGCAGAAAACGUUGAAACCCGUUUACUUUCAUGAAUAGAAAAGACUAUUAACCCAUCCAUUUCCCCCUGGAGAAAUGUUUGAACUUUGCUAUCAGAGUCACCCUUUUGUUAUACAGUACUAUGGAAACAAGCGGUGUCUGGAUUGUUUAUAUUUGCUUGUUUGCUCCAUGUUGUGAUUCGACCAUCCAUCGAUAUAGACGCGUGCCAUAUUACCUUGUUUUCCCGUUUUUAGCACUUUAUUGUAAAGUUUUCACAAUCCUACGGAACUCUCCGUUGUCGUUUUAGUGAUUUUGUUUGUUUACAAUUUGAAAUGCGUAUAAUAUUAUCACGUACAUAUUUGUUUAUUAUAUUGAAAACUUCCGUUAUUAGACGUAAAACUUGAAGGUGGAAUAUUAAAGUUAGUGUGAUUCGUACGCGUCGAAUUGGGAGUGCGUAAUAUGCAUUACUAGUAUAUAGCAGUUUUAUAGUCCCUUUGAAGUUCGAGUCAUGCAAUGAACUUAACCUUAGACAUGACAUCGAAGAAAAAAAAGAGAUCCCACUUUAGUUUUUAUUCAAAUAUAAAAAUAACAUUAUAUACAUGCAUGUAGUAGGACGGGGUCACUGAACUCUAAAUUGUCUUGUGUACGUCAAUGGCUACCAUGAUUUACUAAAUCAAACAAAUCUUGGGAUUGAAAGUGUCACAAUCGCCUGG